AUGGGGUCCAAACGACUAAAGCCCUCCCCAAAGGCUUCACUACCGUUCAAAACUGGCAACAAAUUCCGCAGACAAGAUUUGCAUGUUAAGCAAAAGAAAGCCCGCGACAGUCUUCGGCGAGACGAACGGUUCAAGCGCAAACGAGAGGAAGACAAGGAUCCAGAAUUACGAAGAGAAAGAUUGGAAAAGAAUGUCCCACACACAAUUGAUAAGAAGCGAGUCUGGGACGAAGUCGAAGGCGAUGGCUUAAAUGUCAGUGUGGAUGUGGAACAACUGAAGAGGCGGCGAAUCGAACAAGCAGAAGCUGCUGAACAAGAAAUAUCGGGAGAUGUCGAGGGUUUAGUGGAGGACGACGUGGAUAGCAUGCUAGAUACAGACUCGGAAUCUGAAGCUGGGGAGGAUGAGGACGGAACAUCUACCAAGGAAUCUCGACGACGACCUCGGGCAGCUUCGAAUGCACCCUCUCUUGCGCCAUCUACCACAAGUACCAAUUUGGAUCUGACGCCCGACUCUCUUGCCCUCAAGUUCCCUACGCUCUUCUCUGACGAACCUCCACCAGCACCUAAGAUUCUCCUCACAACUUCAAUCAAUUCGACUCUCCAUCACGAGGCCGAACUGCUGUGCACCCUAUUCCCCCACAGCACAUACAUCCGGCGGUCUUCACAUCGCUACGGGCAUAAGUUUUCUCUGAGGGAAAUCUCAAAGUUUGCCUCAAAUCGGAAUUACACUUCUGUAAUACUUCUCAAAGAAGACGCCAAAACCCCUACAGGUCUUACUAUUGUACAUUUACCAUCCGGGCCAACCUGUCAUUUUUCGAUUGCGAAUUGGGUAGAGGGUAAAAAGCUUCCUGGGCAUGGAAACCCUACAAAUCAUUAUCCGGAGCUGAUCUUGAAUAACUUUCGUACACCGCUAGGUCUGUUGUCAGCCAGAUUAUUCCUCACUCUCUUCCCUCCACAGCCAGAGUUGCAGGGUCGGCAAGUGGUUACAUUGCACAAUCAGCGUGAUUACAUAUUCCUUCGACGUCACCGUUACGUAUUUCGUGACAAGAGAGAAACCGAGAAGAGUGUUGUCGGUCCAGACGGCAAGGUUGUUGAGGGCGUGGAAGGUAUUCGAGCAGGAUUACAAGAAUUAGGACCAAGAUUUACACUAAAGUUACGGAGAGUGGAUAAAGGCAUUGGACGGGCAGGCAGUGAGGGUGAUGAUGCAGUACAGUGGCAGUGGAAGGCACAUAUGGAGAAACAGCGGACCAGGUUCAACCUCUAA